CUCGUUCAGUCGCAUCAAUCGCAUCGCAACAGUCGAACCCCUCUGCAACUAUUCAUCAUUAUAGACCCACCAGUAUGUGGUCUAUAAUACCCAUUGUGCUAUUCUCCCUUGUGGCAUCUGCCUCCCCGGUGGAACACAGUCUCGCGCGACGUGACGUGUGCGACGGAGAAAAUGCCACGCCUGUUCUCUACCACGAAUACCGGGGCGACAAAUGCAAACCCAAGUACUCGAUGAACAAAGACGGCGUUUGCAACCAUGCCCAUUGGCCGGAGAACAAGUGCGCUGCCUACUGCCAAGUACGCACCAAGUUCACCUACGGCCAGGAGCGGCCCUUCCCCAACACCUAUUGCCACGGCCCCGAGAGCUGCACCAUCACGUCUACGCACACCGUCACCGUUGGCUGGUCGGUCACUAUCUCCCCGCAAAUCCAGAGCGCGAUGAAGGUGGGUGUCUCCGGUGGCUUCUCAGGGAGCUCGGGGGAUGCCUUCGCGCGUAGCUACUCGAUCAAGCUGGAAAGCGGCCAGUGUGGAUAUUUCACCUACGUGCCGGUGGUCAAGGAGGUCUGCGGUACCCUCUCGACCCAGCAUGUUCGCGCCAUGCCCUCCCCCAUUCUUCCCGUUUAUUGGUGCCUCGGCGACUACACAACCACCGGCAACGUGUGCGCGCAAGAGCUGCGCCACAACUCGGAUGGGUCCGUCGACGGCGAGACCAUCUUCGUGCGCACCCACUGUGACAACCGCAUGCCGCUCCCCUCCGGGGACCAGGACCCCGUCUACCAGAAGCCCGGCGUGCCCAUGGACCGCGGGAUGCAGGAGGCCUGGGCCGAGACGUGGGGCAAGGAAGACCUGACGGCCGCGGACAAGGACUCGCCAGUGAAAUGCGAGACGAGCGAUGGGUCACCCAAGGUCGAGGACUGCAGGCACGCAUUCGGCUCGCUGCUGCAGAAUCCUCAAGUGCCGGUUACGGCAGGAAAGAAAGGGAAGACUUAUUGGGCUGGUUAUGUCCACUCGUGCGCAAUCGCCCUAUACUACCAGUCGGAUUGGGACGAGGAUUCUUGCGACAUCAAGCUGGGCGAUAUCGCCGUGGCCGCGUAUUCCAUCACCGAGCAGUGUUCGAAGGAUGGCGAAGAGCGAAUUGGCGGGAGACGCAAUUUCGAGAAGGAUGGGUGCAAGGCUCAGUUGGAGAUUAUUCACACGGAGGGGACGCCCCCUAGUGGUGUCUGAUAUAGUAUACUGUAUGAUGGCAUACCGAAAGGAUUGCUGUAUGGUGGGAGGUUCGGGAUUGAGUUGAGUUCUUGUCGGAUAUAUUUUACUGGACAUAUUUAUCAAAACUAAUUGAUUAUACUUUGACGCUUAACUAAACAUGGGUCAAUAACGCAGACAUGUAAUUGCUUGCUGU